AUGAAGUCACCUUGCAAGGGGUGCUUCUCCUUGGGGCCCCAGCAAGAUGGGACCAGUGUGGCCCUCACUCUCCCUUUUGUUCCUCUUGUUGGAGACCCUGCCUGUCUGAGGACCCAGGACCACUCCAGCUGCCCAGGAAAGGAACCCAGGGAACUGGAAGCCAGCCAGGUUGUCUUCCUGCUAAGUUAUCCUGGUGCCCUAGGAAGUUCUGGGGAAUAGAGAGCUCCAGGUCCUCAAGCUGGUACCAUCUACCUACCUACCAUGUGCCUACCCAAGGAUGGGACCGUCCCUGUCUUUUGUCACAUGGACAGCACAGAGGACGGCUGGCUGAUGUUAAAGAGGUGACAGGAUGGUUCCAUGGAUUUCUUCCACUCUUUGUCCUCCUACAAAGCAGGUUUUGGGGGUCAGUAGUCUGAUUUCUGGCUGGGGAAUGAGAGGUUGCACCAGCUUACUCUCCAGAGUAGUACCUGGGAGCUGUGGAUGGAGCUGGAGGACUUUAAAGGCAACUGCACUAUUGCUCACUAUGGGGCCUUCCGCCUCCUCAGGGAGGCAGAUCACUACCAGCUGGUUCUGGGCAAGUUCUCAGAGGGCACUGCAGGGGACUCCCUGAGCUUCCACGGUGGGAAGCCCUUUACCACCUAUGAUGCCGGCCAGGAUACAAGUGGGAGCAACCGUGUGGUGACUGUCCAUGGUGCCUGGUGGUGCGGAUCCUGCUAUCAGUUCAACUACUGGAUGUCCAAAGCCACCGCCCACAACUAUGGCAUCAACUGGGCCUCAGGCCAAGGAAUAGGCCACCCUUACUGCAGAGUUCACAUGAUGCCUCCCCUAGAGCACCCGGGUAGCCAGCAUCCUUAUCUCUCCUCUACAGCUUCCGUACCUUUGGCUACCCCUCCCCAUUGCUAA